AUGGAGGAUGACAGAGUAAAGAAGUUUAUUGAGUCGAGGGUCGCGCAGGAGUUGGAAGAGUGCACCAAGGCUCAGCUGCAGCUAGUGGCGGACCAUUUUGGGUUGAGAUUGAGGUCCUCCAAGGUGGCAGAGCGUCGGAUUGAGAUCAUGGCUCAGCUCAAGGCCCGAGAGAAGGCUUCUGAGGAAGGACCGCCCCAGCUGAAGCGAGAGGAGCGUGAAGCCCAACUGGAACGGGAGGAGCGUGAGCGCGAAGCCCAGCUGAAGCGGGAGGAGCGCGCUGCCCAGCUGAAGCGGGAGGAGCGCGAGGCUCAGCUGAAGCUGGAGGAGCGCAAAGCCCAACUGCAACGAGAAGGAGAAAGACAACUGCGACGGGAAGAAAUAAAAGCGAAGGAGGUUGAGAUGCGUCGGGCGGAGCGCGGGCUGCCCUCGGUGUCGGCUCGGCGGGAUGACCCCAAGGUCCGGAAACGCGACCUACCAACCUUUGACCCUCUAUAG